CACAGAAAACGGGAUAGCGACGGUAGCGUUCCCAAUAAAAUUAAAAUCUCUAUUCUUUCAUCGCAGACACGGUGAGAAAAAUUAUAAUAGGAAUAAACUUCGAGAAUAUAAUAAUUUGUAAGACGUCAUUGAUGCAAGUGGCAAGAUUAAAAGCGUGUGUACAUUGACGGAUGGAAUUUUAAGACGCAGAUUUUUAUGCAAUGGAAAGGUGCACGACCGAAAUCAAACUUGAAUUACAAUGUGUGAAAACAAGUUAUCAAUUCCUAGCAUGCAGCAUGUGUGUUUAAGCAGAAUUAUUGCGAAAUUAGUAGAUUUUCUCACCUCUCUUUUCUUCUUCGUCUUCCGUUUCUCUGCCAUGUUUACUUUUUCGCUUUGUCGACCUGUCACAUUUGAGAACCUCCUUGGCCUCUAAAGGUUGGAUUCUGCGCACAAGAACGAAUUCCCCUGCCUGGCCCUGCCGACCAUGCACAUCUGAUCGGAUGGCAUGUUUGCGGAUGGCAUUUUUAGCUGCCACUCAAUUAAUUUUGGCUCACGCUUCGCCCCUGGAAUGAAUCGAAUUUGAGUUUCUUGUCCCGACUCAACGUUCGACCGAUAUGGCAGCCAUCGAGGACAACGACGCGUGCGACAACUGGGAAGAACUCGAGGAUUCAGGAGAACUGGACAAAAAAUUGAAAAUUAUGCAACCUAGAAGAGACCAGCAAUCAAAUCAAAGUAAUGGAGCUGUGGUAAUAAUUCAGGAUGAAAGCCUCCGGUCCAUGCUUGGCCCUCAAGAACCGACAGUGAAGAUAUUAAAAAGACCCACCAAGACCAGUGAUAGCCAAGUUACCCCCGACCAACCUGUAAGAAGACACAAAACUCUGCAAGAGAGAGAACAAGAAUACGCCGAGGCACGGCUGCGCAUCUUGGGGUCGGCUUGCAGUCCUUUGGAAGCUAAUAAUUCCAAUUCAAAUAACGAUAAUGUGAAAGGCAUCCAACCCCAAACGAACGGCCAUUUAAAUGGACCUAAAAGUGGAGAUCAACAGUGUUUGCGCCAAGACUUGGACUCAAAUGUGAUUCGGGUGCCGAAAGGUCCGGAUGGUACAAAAGGAUUCUCAAGAAGGUGAAGUGCCCUUUUAAUGGACAAUUAUCGACAUAAGUUAAGAAAGAGUGCAGUAAUUUCUACGUACUAACAAUGGCAAACUGGCAUACAACGAGAUGCGUGUAACAUAGAAAGAGCCAAAUUCCGUUUUGUUCUUUUUUAAACUACCACGAUUUUAACCUGCUUAAUUUAUUUGCUAGUUAAAAAAUAUCAAUUCGAUUAACCUUUUUUGACAUGAAUUAUUUUGCCUGCAUGUUGAUAUGUUACUCUCAAGGUUAAGUUUCUUUUAGUGUAGUGGCAAGCCUAUUUUUUGGCCAAACGUAGCGAAAUGUAUUAAAUUUUAUCAAAAGUGGGUUAUCCUUAUUAAACACCUUCAGUGCGAACUUGCUAACCUGCACAAUAUCAUGAGUACAUGACAUGUAAUAUUAAAAGGUUUUGUGGAUGUUAAUUGUCUGGUACUGAUUAUUUUGUAUUGAAUUCUAUGUAAUUACUUUAAACUUGGGUCACGGAGUUCUCAAAAUGAGUAUGUACGAAGAGCUAUUUUCUUGUACUGUAUAUUUGGAUGCAACAGAGCAUAAAGUAAAAUAAUAAUCGUAAUAAUACAAUUAUGCAAACAGUGACUUUUGAGCAAGAACAAUGCUAUGGUGGGUUGACGAACCACUUUGAGAAAGUACGAUCAAAUUAAAUGAAGGCUACCUGCCCAAAAACUAAACUGAACAGUUUCUCUGAACUCCAGAUUCUCCACUAUAUAUACUUGAAUCAACAAUUGGCGUCACAACACUUGUGCUCCAUUUUGUCUAACUCAGAAUGCCACAAUUUCAGAAUUUGUUCUUGUUUCCAUUCAAUCUUCUCCCAUCCUGUCAAUUCUGGGGGAGUUUCCUCUAAGGAAAUCGGUCUUACGUCGUCAACUUCCAUCUCUUCAUAUAUUGGAUUUUGAGUUAAAUUAUUUGUUAUUUGAGAAAUGCUACAUGGCUGCUCAUUUGCCUGCCCAAUUUGGAUUGGAUUCAAUUCUAAGCUUUGUAGAUCAUUUUGAUUGCCAAAGUCGUAUGAAUCUAAAACGCAAAAAAAAAAAAUAUUGAAUGAUUUAGUAAAGGUCCUUGAAAUUCACAAGUACCAUUUAUAAGAGAUAGACUUGAAAGUUCGGUAUUUUGAGUGCCUUUUCCAUUUGUCCUGUUCUGAGUUUGCGAUUCUUUGAUCCUUUGACAUGUCUGCACUCGUCUCAAGGGUACUCGUUUUUUCUGUUUCCUUAAAAAUUCAAAACAUUCAUAAUCCUUGUUAUAAACCAUUACAAACUUUUUACUUGGGGGCCACAAUAACCUCUGCAUGUUCACGGCCAGUAUUUUGCUUUGGCUGGUAUUUGGUGCUCAAGGUUACCAGGGAAAUCUUUUUGCCACGAUGGGUGGAGAAUAUCAAUGAGUAAGCCUUCAGCCUACUCAGCACUUGUCCUUUGAAGUACUCUUUGCACCAGUCUUGAACACUCAGGUGAAUCUUUGAAUCGGUUCCAAGGAUGGUUCCAUCUUUCUUUAGAGUCCCAACGACUCUUGGAGCAUCCUAAAAUUUUUAAAUAAUUUUAUUUUCUAACUCUCAUUAUUAAGUAUUAUUCUUACCGGAACACGCAAUUCUAAAUUCAAGUUUUUGGCUUGUAGCAGAUUUACGUCCAAUAGCUCUUUCAGUGAAGGGAGGUAGUUUUCAGCAUCCUUUUAUUUUCAAGUAGAAUGUAACGUAACAGAUCAUUAUUUAUUUUACUUCACGAAAGGCACCUGAAAAUCUCAUACCUGUGAAAUUUGUCCAUGAUUCGGAGUUUUUUCAGUGGGAGCAAGUGGCUGUUGACUAUUCUGCGAACUAAAUUGACAUUUUUGUUGUAAUAGUUCAUAAUAUUUUUAAAUCCUUGAUUGAAUUCUCACUUGCUGAUUUUUAAAUUAAUGUUCGUAAGGUGCACCUUCAGUUCUUGGCACUGACUGGAAAUGUUGUUCAGUCGCUGUAAAAAUAAUUUUUAUUGCAAAUUA